AUGCGUAUAAUUACCGAAAUUACAAAAAAACUUCAAUUUGGAAGGAAAUUUUUGUUUAUUGGAAUAUUAAUAAUUUCCUUCAUCUGGGGUGCUAAUGCGGGUUGUCAGCUGCUCAUGUGCCUCAAACCUGAUGAAAAUGUAGCAGUCGCAAGUGUCGAAAGUCCGGAUAAAAUAAACACUGCACAAACAUUUAUCGCCAGACAAUGCCCAGGAGCAACCAAUAUCGUUUCAUGUUAUAUUGAUUGCCAAGGACCAUAUAAUCCAGGUUUAACACCUGCAUAUUGGGUCUGGAGGAAAUGUUCUGAUAGUUUUCUUGAUGGAAUUAAUGAUUUUGUUUGUCCUUCUAAUGUUCUGAGCAUAUGUAAAUUGGGUCAUGAUCCAGAUUACCCAUUCAAAUAA